CCCCAGGCCGCAUGCUCAGUGACCCGGGCGGCGAGCCGGCGCGGGCUGCCCGCCGGAGCUGCAGCAGCCCAGCCUCCCCAUGCUGCCCGCCGGGGGGCUGCCGGGCCGGCGGGUGGGCUCCCGCGACGGCGGCGGAGAGGAGACAGCGACCAGAGCCCUGUGACGUAACCGUAGUCGGCAUCACCAUCUCUUGAUAAAUGAGGAGCCCAGAGAGGGUAAAGUGCUGAGAGAAGAGAACCAGUGCGUUUCCGGUCAUGUGAGCCUUUGGGCAAAACCAACCGCUAUUGGAUCUUUCAGCCCACGUGUGACGGAGUUUCCAAGAAAGUGGAAAGGAAGUAAUUCAGACCCAUCUCAGGAGCGCUGAAGAAAUGGCUCUUACGAAGCUAAGUGACACGAUGUCUCUGCAGAUGAAGAUGGCUGGGAAGGAAGAACAGUUAACUGAGAAAAACAGUGGCUUUCUCCAAAAUAUCGAUAUGGCUGAAGGCAUGGUGCAGAAUUUGCUAAGGGAAUUUACCGAAAGAGACCACGUCUUGAACGGACCUGAUGAAGAAGACGGCAUUUUCUCUGAAAACCCUCAAAGCGACUUCCUUCAUCGGGGUAUGUUACAGCUGGAGGCUGAGAAUGACCAGGACCUGCUCAGUGAACAGGCUGAGCAAGGAGUGGAUCAGGCUCAAUGUGAGGAUCCUUGAGUGUCCACAUCUUUGUGGUUUUCAGAGCAGGACGUCUCUGAACUGAGUCAGGAGACCACGUUCUUCAAGUUCAACCAUUGGAAUACCCAGAUGGAUCUACAAGUGAAAGAACUCGGAGCUGACCACACAGGCUGGAUGGAGAAAAUGAACAAUAUUAUACAAAAAAUAAACCUAAUAGAAAACAGUGAAGAGGUAAUUGUAGGAUCUCAAGAUUGCUUAUUAAAUGAGGUGAUGUCCCUGGAGGGACAAAUUGAAAAGCUGGAGUUACAGCAGGACCUGAACUCUGAUCAGGGGACAAACAUGGAGGUAAGCUGGAAGCUGGAUAAAGACAAUCUGGGAGGUCAUGGGAACUCUGCCACCUCUUUCCACCCCUUCUGCUGUUCAACAGAUGCUUAUAAGGAAGCUCAUGAAUUAAAGGAGAAACUCAUCGCAAGAAUAGAGUUGAUCACUCUUUUUGUUCCCAUCUUUUGCAAGGAUAUAAGUCUGAUGAAUACAAAGCUGAGAAUGUACCAAACGCAAGAAGGGAAAACAGACCUUCUGAGUCCUGAAGAAAUGGAACCUCUGCUUCCUCAGGUUCUACCACCCCCAUUAGGGCAGAACUCUCCUCCCCGCGCUACCACAUGGAAACGCGCCCAGAGGAUUUUCAUCAUAUUUUAUGGCCUCACCUUCGCUGGACUUUCAUGUUACAUCCUAUUUCUUGAUCCUACAUUUGUCUUUGAAAGGACUCUCCCUACCGUACUUGGGCGCCGCAGAAUGUGGGAACUACGCGAGAUCAUUGCGCCUUUCUUGAAUUUGAAAGUGGAAGACUUGUUACCCUCCUAAAGAUACAGGCGGUACUCUUACCCUACUGACUUGCUUCCCAGUAAAAUUCUGGCUGUUCUUAUAGUGUGGUGGCUCACCUAAUUUUCAAAGAAUACUAUAGGGUGUCUAGCAGAGGGCAUUGUACUUCUGUGAAAGUUGAUCAAAGUGAUAAUUAUAGGUGGUCUUUCAGUCAGUGUUCCCUGUCUUCCUAUUAACAAGAGUCAGACAUCCUCUAAGUAUGACAAUUUUGAAAAGCAUCAUACAAAGAAGGAAAACGAUUGGAACCUCACUUUU